GAAAAUAUUAAAAAUUAUGGCAAAUUUUGAAAAAGAGGAUAUUUUUAAUAACAUUUUGAAAGGAGAAGUAACAAAAGUAGCUUAGGGAAUACUUGAUUAAGAAAUAAAAAAGUACAAAUAUGAUAAUAUUGAUGAUGCAUAAAAAAAAAGUAAUACAAUAUGUGAUACGAUCCUGACGAAACUUAAAGAUUUAAAUAACAAGCAUUUUAAAUUCGUUGUUAGCUGUCUCAUACUUUAAAAAGCUGAUUUCGGAAUAAACCUGUCAGCUUCUUGUUAUUGGGAUAAUAAUACGGAUGGAUCUGUAUCAGUAAGAUAAGAAAGUGAUAAUGCACUUGGUAUAGUUAAUAUAUUUGCUUGUGGAGUAUGAAAAUUGCAUG